AUGAUGUUUAGUUGUCAACUUUCAGUUUCCAGUAGUCUUUUUGGUGCUGAUUUCUUUAAUCAUCCAAAAUUCUGCAAUAAGUUGAAAGCUGAAAUAAAAGAAAUUUAUUCAGUUGAAACGACCAUUACUAUGAGGAAAGAUAAAUUGGGCCUGGAAAAUGACGUGUGUAUUAUUGACUUUCGAAGUAAAAAUGAAAACAAAAAUCAGCAAGCAUUAGAAUCAGUAAGAGCUCUUCUGGCAGCAAUAGGCACAAAAUUAGUCGAUGACCAAGCAGGAAUUUGGGUAAGAAAUUCAAACUGUACUCAAAUUAUCCAAAGAUAUAGUGAUGAGAAUGAACAUCUUCAUAUUCUAUGCAGUUAUGAAACAAUUGGUCUAAUAAUAGUAUAUUUCGAUAAAAAUAAAACAAAUGAACUAGAAAAUUUAUGUAUUACUAGUGCUACUCUAGAUAAAAUUAUCAAAAAAUUUAUAUUAAUUGAUAUUUUUCUACCGUCUACCUCUGAUUUAACAAUAACGAACAAAAGUAAUUUAGCACAAGAUAUUCUUAAAUUAGAAGAUCAUAUACGAUCUGAGAAUAUUUUAAUAACACUGGAACAACGAUGUAUUCGUUUGUUUGGUUUUGUUGACAUUGUUAGAGGAGUUGAACAAGACAUAGAAAAAAUCAAGAUAAAAUAUGCAUCAAGUACAUUUAAACUCAGUUUAGAACCACAGCAGAUAAAAUUUUUAUUGAAUAUCUAUUAUGAUGAGUUAAAAGCACUCGAAACUAACUUUAAUGAUGCAGCAAUUAUUGAGCCUUUGAAAAAUGGAGAAUUUACAGCUCCAAGUUAUGUUCAUAAUAGAAUCGAAGAAGAAAUAAUGGCAUUAGCUUCGUUAAGUACACCAAUUAGUUUUGAAAUACAAGAAGAAGCUUUUGGAUUAAUAGCACAUAAGGAAUAUACUACUCUACAAAAUAUUGGCCAUCAAUAUAAAUGUCAAAUCGAAAUAGAAAAAGAAAUUAGAAAUAAAAUUGUCGAAAUACCUAAGGCUGCAGCACAAGAUCAUGUUUCAAAUAAAUUAACAGCAGCAGCCAUUAGAAUACUAACAAGUGAUUUGGCUAAGCAAAAAGUCGAUCUUGUUGUUGUUAAUUCAACAUCACAAUAUUUACGUGAUGGUAUACUUGAAAAGGCUGGUGGCUCUGUAAAAAGAGAAUAUGAUACAAUUACAAAGACACCAUCAUCAGGACCUUUUGAACUUGAUUCAGGGCAGUUACUAUGUCGAAAACUUUUAUUUUUAACAUGGAAUAUAAAUCAAACUAGUCAAGAAGCAUUUUACCAAUCAAUUCGAAAUUUUGUUAGUAAAGCUGUUCAAUAUGCUAUUAAAGCUCAUCACACAUCGAUUGCAUUUCCAGCAAUUGGCUGUGGAAAAUUUAAUUUCGACAAAAAUAUUGUCGCUAAUGAAAUGUUAGUUGAAGCUCAACGACAGUUAUUAUCAGCCAAUGUUUUAUUACAAAUAAAUUUUGUAAUUUUACCUACGCAAAAUGACGUUUUUGAAAUAUUUCAGGCAAAACUCGAAAGUCUUCAAAAAGGCAACGUAGAAAUAAACGAUAUUCAAAUGGAAUAUCGUUUUACAAGUGAAUAUAUCAUAAAAUUACUUCAAAUAUGUUAUCUAUUCAACUGUUUAUUUAUUCUAGCACUUACAAUUACUAUUAUAUCUAACAGUCUAGAUAAGCAAGAGGAAUGUAAAAAAGCCUUAAAUAAUCAUGUAAAAACAUCAAUUUCAGCUCGAGAACAUUAUAAACAACAUGUACUUAAAAAAUGGACACAACCUGCUAUUAAUGCAUUUUAUAAGUUUUGCUUUCAUCAACAAGUUGUACCCGAUAUGAGUAUUGUGAUUGGUUAUGUUAAAUUAUUUGGUUCAAAAGAAUCAGUUGCAGAAGUAGAAAAUGAAUAUUACCGAGAGCAAGCUAAACAAAGUGAACAAGCUCGUUUAAUGGCUAUUGCUCGAGAUAUAAUUUGGGCAUUUGAAAAAGAUGAUCAAAAUUGGGAAAAAUAUGUGCCUGAAUUAAAUGCGCUUAUUGAAGAUGCGUAUACAUCUCAAUUAGAAACUUUUGAGUACACUGAUGACAAAUCUAUAAACUAUAUUAUUGAUUUAAAACAAAAUAUUGAAACAUGUAUCAAUAGUCAACAACAGCGUCUAAUUAUUCGACAUAUGGAUCGUGGUUUACCACCACAUUGGCAGUUACAAACAGAAAAUGUAGCACGAUUUUCAUUAGAUGAAAAUUCAGAUGAAUAUAAAGAUAUUCGUGGCGUGUUUAACAAAACCAUGUCUAAUAAAUAUGAUGCAAUACUACGUAUAGAACGUAUUCAAAAUAAACAAUGGUAUACACAAUAUAAUUCAUAUAAAAGUUUUUCAUCAAAAAAAGAUACAGAACGAAAAUUAUUCCAUGGUUGUCGACAAGAAUCAAUUGAUCUUAUUAUCAAUUCAUUUUUUAAUCGAUCAUUUGCUGGAGUUAAUGGCACAGUCUAUGGACAAGGAGCUUAUUUUUCGGCAAAUGCUUUUUACAGUCACAAUUAUGCUAAGCCAAGUACACAGAAUAGUGAACGGUAUAUGUUUGUUGUCAGUGUAAUAGUAGGUAAUAGUACGUUAGGAAAUACAAACAUGAAAAUACCACCUGCAGGUUUUGAUUCAACUACUGAUGGAGAUCAUAUAUAUGUUACAUAUCGUGAUGAUCAAGCUUAUGCAGAAUAUCUUAUUGUUUAUAAAUAA